AAGUGGAAGUUGACAGUGACGAAAUUUAGCCUAAAAAGUCGAGAGAGAGAAGAAAAUGAAUAAAUGAAAUUCCAUGUGGACGGGAAGAAAAGGGAAGAAAAGCAGAGGCCAUGGCGUGCGAUCAUCUGUGUCGUGUCAUUAUUCUCUCUGUUUGGAGAGAAAGAAGAGUAUAAACAAGAAGAGAGAAACAGAACUCUAUUAGAUUUAGAUCAGACAAGAAGUACUAGACAGUAAGUGAUAGACUUGAGGAACACCUGGGAAGAUCAUCAUCAUAGAGAGGGGAUGGGUCAAGCCUUUCGCAAGCUCUUCGACACCUUCUUCGGCAAUACCGAGAUGCGGGUUGUCAUGCUCGGACUCGAUGCAGCGGGUAAAACUACCAUACUUUACAAGUUGCACAUUGGAGAAGUGUUAUCCACUGUCCCUACUAUUGGGUUCAACGUGGAGAAAGUUCAGUAUAAGAAUGUGGUGUUCACCGUUUGGGAUGUUGGUGGACAAGAGAAACUAAGGCCGCUCUGGAGGCAUUACUUCAAUAACACCGAUGGACUGAUAUAUGUUGUUGAUUCGUUGGACCGGGAGAGAAUUGGAAGAGCUAAGGCAGAAUUUCAGACCAUCGUCAAAGAUCCAUUUAUGCUCAACAGUAUCAUCUUGGUGUUUGCCAACAAACAGGACAUGAAAGGAGCAAUGACCCCAAUGGAAGUCUGCGAAGGACUAGGUCUUUUCGAACUCCAGAACAGAAAAUGGCACAUACAGGGGACUUGCGCUCUCAGGGGAGAUGGACUUUAUGAGGGCCUGGACUGGUUAUCUGGAACUUUUAAAGAGAUGAGAGCUGCAGGAUACUCUUCAGUGGGCACCUCAUCAUUCUAACAUUCCAAGGUUUGUUGGAAACCUAAAGUUCAUCUCGAUGAAGCUGGAGAGUUGGCCGUUGCUUCUGGGGAAGUCCUGAACUAAUCAUUGUAGGUUGCCUAAAGCAUGUGGAUUUAUUAGGUCGCUUAACUUUGGCUUUGACUUCCUCCCGUUUAUAUGGAAAUACAGAGUCUGAAUGGGAUCUUUAUAUGCUUUGGGGUGCCCAUCUUAUAAAGUAGAUUGCUUUUAAUUCGGUC